AACCAACACAGACACCGCGUCGGCCUUCAGUUUCUCCGAGUCGAGGACAGUAUCAGCAACCAAACUCGACAGCACGCGGUGAUUGGGAUUAAAUUAAUUAAGCUGAAAUAGACUGCCAGUUAUUCGAUAUCGUUGCAUCUAUAUAAAUAUAUCAUUCACCAGGAUAGCCCUCUAGACUCUCACCGACGACACCAUACACAACCACCGUCCAAAGCCCCGCACAGACCACCCUCACCUCACAAACACCAAAAUAUCCUCACAAUUCCAUACCGAUUGAUUGAUUCCCUUCUCCAAUAAAUAACCAAAAAUCAGGCAAAAUGAUGCGCCAGCAUAUGCUCUCAAAAGAAGACGAGGCCACAAUCGGCAGCUCAGAAGACACCGAAGUCCGCCGCGAGGACCAAGAAAAGAUCAACCGCUUCAGUCGUCUUCACCAGCGCGAGACGGUCCUCAAUGAGAAUCUGAAGGGGAAGCAGAAAGAUAAAGAGGAUCUAGAAGAAAUCUCAACAGAGCUAGAGCUUGCCGAUGAAGACGAACUAGUCCCAUACAAAAUCGGCGACGCGUUCGUCCAACUCCCGCUAGAAGAAGCGCAGGGCCUUCUUGCCUCUUCAACGGAACAGAUUGACUCUGAAGUCACCAAGUUGGAGGAGACGCUAGGUGAUCUGCGGGAUGAGAUGCAACAGUUGAAGGUCGCCUUGUACGCGCGGUUCGGGCGGAGUAUCAACCUGGAGACCUAAUUUGAUUGUACGACUAGACUACAUUAUCUUCUACCAUCUAAUUGGUCUUUUUAAAUUAUAUGAACAUGAAUAUGCAAUGUAAAUGAUGAAGGGCCUGCGAAACCUUUUCCGUUGCUUCGGCCUGUAAAGUAUUAUUCCAAGAUGGUGAAGCUAUAUACAGCGUCUAAAAAACAUCAGGAUGUACAACAAGA